AAAAAAUAGAUUUUGAUGGACGAUCCCUUUGCCUGCCUGAAUGGGCAAAUUGAAAAAAAAAUUGACAGAUGUGACGUAAAAAUUAGGUUAUAUUUACGUUUGCAUUUCGUCCCUUCUUUGAACAAUGUUUUUAUUUAUUUGGCCCAUUUAAUACGGUCAACAAAUUACAAUGGCAUUUAUUAUAGUAAUCGUGGGUUUAGGUGCGUUAAUCGCAGUUUUUGUUAUCAGAGCAUUGUACUUGAUUUGCCAAAUAUUAACAAGCAACAAUACAUUGGGAAGUUCUGAAAGUUCUCUACGAACUAUUCUCUGCAUCGGUUCAGGAGGACAUACCACAGAACUGCUAAGAAUUAUGAAGAACUUAGAACCAAAAAAAUAUCAGCCCCGACUGUAUAUUGUAGCAGAUAACGACGUUAGCAGUGAAGUUAAAGUUCAUAAAGCUGAAGAGGGUCAAACUAAAUAUGCUCUCAGUAGGAUACCAAGAAGCAGAAAUGUGCAACAGUCCUAUAUAAGUUCAGUUUUCAGUACAUUAAAUGCUACCUUACACACUGUUCCUGUUGUCUAUAACUUCAAGCCAAAUAUCAUAUUUUGUAAUGGACCAGGCACCUGUGUUCCAGUGUGUGUUGUAGCUUUUUUGUUAAGAUGUGUUUUUAUUCUAGAUUGUAGAAUUGUGUUUGUGGAAAGCAUCUGUAGAGUAAGAACAUUGUCUCUAACAGGAAAAAUAUUGCAAUAUUUUGCUGAUGUUAUUGUUGUACAAUGGCCACAGUUGAGAGAUGUUUGUUUUAGAGCUAAAUACUUUGGUAGACUAACAUAGGAUUUAUGUUUAUAGUAAUAAAACAUAUUAUGCAACUCUGAAAAAGUGUAUAAUCAAUAGUUCUAAGGGGAGAUCUUUAUACUAAUUUUCUUAAUCUAGAAGUCAUACACUAGCCCAAAUGUUGCAUUGGCAAAGUUAACAUAGUACAGUAGCACUACUUAGUAUCACAGUGAGCAUACUUUACUUCCUUCACUAUGUAGUAUCAACAAUAAUAAAAACUUUUUGCUUUAAAGUCAUAAGAAUGAAUAUCCUUUUAAAAUCCAAGCCCUAUUGUUUAACUAUUGUGUCUCAAAAUCUCUGCCUUUGGAGGUAAAUUCUGGUUUUCACAAGAGAUAGUAACUAAUAACUUACAGCUUAUACCCUAGGUUCAGGUAGACUUUUAUCAGUAUCAGUAAAAUACAAACUUGGCAACAUUUGGAGUAAUGUAUAAGACAGUAAAUACAAUAUUCCAUCCAUUAAAAUAUACUAAAUAUAAAAGUGUAUUGUGUCGAAAUGGCCAGAUAGUUUACUUUGGUUUCCCAUCCUCACAUACCAUUCCAACACGGAUGAAUAAUCUAAAAUUAGAAAUUACCCAUUGAAAACCACCUCACAACCCACAUGAUAGAAGAAGACCACAUAUAGAGUACAUGGGGUCUAUAAUGGCCACAUUGCAAUAAUUCAUCAUUAUAAAAAAAAAGAGGUUGUCAGAGAGAGGGAUAGACAAGAUGAUCCUAUAAGGGUUCUGUUAUACCUUUUGAGAUUCAGAACCCUAAAAACAAUAUUUCUACUUGGCAUUUGUGACAUUGCAAACUUUUAUAUGCACAAAUGUCAUAUUUGUAACAUUGAUUUAUGUGUUAGUAUAGUAUUUUAUACAUAUAAAUUGCUUCAAUGUGGCCAUUUUAGACCCUUAGUAGUAAUUUCUUUUUAUUUUAUAGUUUUUCUUUUAUAGUUAUUAUAUUUCAAUGGUUUAAUUAUAAACAUGUUUUGACUAGACAAAUUGAAUGCAGUAAUACAAGCAAAAGUUUAAUUAAUGUAUUUAGGUAGUUCACCUGAAUCAUAAAAUGACAGCUCUCAGUGUGUUAUCAUCCUAAUAAGACUUGUUUACCUUGCUUGCUUAUAUUACUGACAUAAAAUAAAUGUCUUACAGCCAA